UUGCACUAUUUGCGCUUUUUUACUCCAAAUGUUAAGAUAGAGUAAAAUCCAGAUACUACGUGAAUAUUUUAAGUAAUUUAUUAGUAUUUUCGAAAUAAAAAGUAAUUAAGUAAUCAAAACUAAAAAAAAAAGAAAUUAUGAUAAAUGAAUUUAUUGAAAUGAAGACAGAAUUCUCCGAUGAAGAUGAAGCGGUGGAGGUCUGCACACAACAAAUAUUUAUUGAACUGCAUGAAGAAGAGCAUUCUAACAUUAUGGAGCAAGUUUUACCAGAUGAUGCUGCGAACUUAAAUUUUGAAGGUAGGAGAGAUGCAAAAGCAAGUUGGCGAGAAUGCCAAACCAAAUUGUUAAUUGAUCUCUACAAAAAAUACGAACCAGAAUUAGGCAAUUCAAUACGCAUUAAGACUAAACUAAAAAUGUGGGCUCAAAUAGCGGAGGAUAUGCGAAAACAUGGUUAUAACUUCACUCCAACGCAAGUAGAGAGCAAGUGGAAGAGUUUAUAUAGAACUUUUAAGUCUCGUAUUAAAGCAAAAAGACCAGUUAGUAAUGAACGCCCAUAUAAAGGUGACCUCAUUGAAAUCUUUAAAGCCAACAGCAACGUACUUCCAGAAUUUGUUUUGUGUACACAAGAACCCAUUAAAGAUGAAAUAAAAAAUUCAUUGGAAGAGGAAAUUGAAGAAGAUGUUCUACCAUCCAACGAUGUUACAGUUGAUGAAGAGAUAUAUUCCAAUACUUCAAGUGCGAAGUGUUCACCGUCGGGAGGCAUAAAACCAAAAUCCUUCAAUGCGUUAGAGAAGUACCUACAACAGCAGAGAAAAUAUAAUAAACAGAAACAAGACUUUCUUAGAAAAACAGAAAAAGCGAAAAGAAAAAUGCGGAGGAAACAGCUGAAGGCAUAUAAAGAGCGAACUAAUGAAAUAAAACGUAAAAAUGAUUUACUGCAACAAAUAUUAGAAAUAACCAAAGAGGAACACAUUUAAGUUAUCAAAGAAAUCCGCAAUGUCAUUUACCUGAAAAAAUCAAUUAUAAUUAUAUUAAGAUAGAAAUUAUUUUAAGUUUAGUUUGUUUACACUAAAUCAUCUUAAUUGCCGAAAUUUAAUGGGAGAUUAAACAGGUUUUGGACUUAAAA